GUGUCCCAUAUCAUUUCCCCUUCUUGGCCCCCUUCCUUUUUUGCAGAUUCAGCACAUUGAAUUGAUGUAGGCAACAGCCGAGGCUGUCUCUGAAUGAAAUCACUCUGACUGGCAGUUCAGCUCAGUGCACGAAGAGAGAAACAGAAGUGAGGAAAAUACACAAAGAGCUGAAGUCCACAGGGAAUAAGACCAGCGCAAACUUGUUCCAUAAGCUGCAUCAGGACCCUGCAGAACGAUAAGCAGGAUGGCGGCCGGCGCUUGCAGCCAGCAUGUUUAAUGCCCUGCCACAACAUCCUUUACAGACAGAGAAAAGACGGUGAGACCAGUACUUUUCAACCACAACCAAUUAAAAAAAAAAACAAAACAAAAAAAAAAAAAAAAACAAGGAAAAAGGCUGCUGGAGCAAGACGACAGGAGAAAAGGAGAGAUGACAGACCAACACUAGAGAGGAUGAGAGCCCUGACUAUGCCUGUCAGCCCUGCCUCACUGCUCUGCCUAUUCCUCCUGCUGCUGUGUGGGCUGCUAGGAGGCUGGGUGCUGUCCAUCUGCCCCACCGUGUGCUCCUGCAGCCACGGACACCGUGUGGUGGACUGCUCCUCACGAGGCCUAACCAAGCUGCCGCCUGGUCUGCAGCACAACAUCCACUUUCUCAACCUCUCCUUUAACAGUUUGCAGCAUCUGGAAAACCAGCUCACCCACUAUGCCCACCUGCGAACCCUGGACUUGUCCUACAACCGCCUGGAGACCCUGCCUCCUGCCUUGCCGCGGUCUCUGUGGGACAUGCGAGUGGCAGGAAACCAUCUACGCUUGCUGGACAAAAACGAUACAGCUUAUCACUGGAAUCUGAAAGUGCUGGACCUGUCAGACAAUGAGCUGGAGAGAGUGGUCUUCAUCAACAACACGCUUCCAAGUCUCAAAGCUCUCAAUCUCAGUCACAACAGAUUUUGGACAGUGCCCACCAAUAUGCCACACAACUUGGAGAGCAUUGAUUUGUCUCAUAAUUAUUUGAUGCAGAUCCUGCCUGGAUCGUUGGAUCGGCUGCCGAGGCUGGCUAAGUUCUAUCUGCAUGCUAAUCGCUUCUCCUGGCUGUAUGACGGGAUAUUUGAUAAGCUGAUGGGGCUGGAGGUGAUGACUCUUGGGGAUAACCCCUGGGCUUGUGAAGAAGAAGAAAACAUAACAAAGCUUCUGAUGUGGGCUGAGCAGACCCGUGCUACCAUACUAGGCUGUCCCUGCUAUACAAGACCUAUAUGCGGGCAAACACAUCAGGCAACACCAGGAAGGGAGUGGCACUCUGCACUGUUCACAGAGCCACCACUAUGGGUUAACAGCAGAGGUGAAGAAUAUAAUGGCCAAUCACCUGCAAGGACUGCAGAGAUUACAUCUAGUUCCCAGGUGAAAUCAGCACUUUUUGAGACAGGUAUAUAUCAGGACAAAAGAGGAGUGAAUGAAUCUGGGGACCUCAUGCGGUUUGCCUGGACAUCUCCCACAAGUUUUGACAGUUUCUCAACACACACAAGCACAACACCAAGCCCGGAGUCUUUGACCAAGAGGCCUAAAGUAGCUAACUCUAACCCAGCAGCUAACAGGAAUAAAUGUCGCGGACUCGUCAUUGGGACUCAACAAACAGUAACCCUCACUGUUUUAGUCCUUACAACAGCAUUCAACAACUUCUGAGCCACCAUGACUGGAUACAGGAUACACUACCUAACACAUUGUUUUAGACUGAAUGUAUGACCAAGUAACUCCACUUAGCACCUUCAUUUUCAUUUCUCUUGUAAAAACUAUUGCGACUGUUACUGCCUUUUGUCAUUAUCAUGAAGUGUAUCAUGUUUUCAAAUGGCUCAACAUGUACCACAUGACGUCUCACAAAUAUGAACUGUACAAACCUACAAGACAAAACUACUCUAAAUAUCUGAAUACAUAGUUCAACUGAGUGCUACUGUCAAUGCUCAACUCUGCACACUGACAAAUUACUGUGCUCUAUGCUUUCUUUAUAAUAGUGAUGCUUAUGGUAUUUGGUCCUAAGCCAUUCAAAACAGGAUUGAUAAUAUACAUUAGAUAACAAUCAUUAGUCUCUACUGGCACUUUGUCAGUGCAGAGAGGAGCCUAAAAAAGUUGACACAACAAAAUAGGAAACUAGAAAUACCGCCUCCCCAACCAGUCAAGUUACAGUUUACAUCCAUGUCUAUCCACACUAAUAAUAUAUGUAGUGAAGACUAUGAAGGAAUUUAAUAAAAGGUAUGAAGUGUACUUUUUGGCAAAAUGGAAGUUAUCACUAUCCUGACAUGUAUGAUUUGAGUGGAUAAUUUCCAGUAAGAAACAUGCUGACUUCACUUAGAUACCAGUUUUACAGAGUACUCCAGAGGACAGAUUAGGAGCUUUGUCACAUGGUACAACAACAAGCAACUCAAGCUCAAUAUCAGCUAAAUACGUAUCAGCACAGUUUCAAGGUGGAUCCCCAAUACAAGUGUCUGAAUAAUGGCCAGACAGCAAUAUGAUGUCACAGGAAAAUUGACCUUUGACCUUUUAGAUAAAAAAAUGUUAUCACUUCAUCAUUUUAUCCUUUUAGACAUUUCUGGGAAUUUAGUCAUAAUUAGUGUAAGAACACUAGAUUUAUGGUCAAAAAAGGUGUUUGAGAGGUCAAAGUGACCUUUCAUCACCAAAAUCUAUGUUCAGUUGAUCCUUGAGUCCAAGUGGAUGUCUGUGUCAAAUGUAAUAAAAUUCUCUCUAGGUGUUCCUGGGAUAUCGUGCUCAUGAGAAUGGGACAGACAGACGGAUGGAACACCUGAAAACAUAAUGGUGCAGCAGCGUAAAAAGUGACUGUGCUGUGGAAACUUCACAAAUAAAAGCAAGGUGGCUAAUCAAA